CCAAAAGUGGAGAGGAUGCAUUCCCUAGUUCCUGGGGAUAGAUGUCGCUUCAGAGCCCCCCAAUAAGUUAUCUGGAUUUCCAGCUGCCAAGGCAAUCAAGUGUCCAAGCUUGAGGUGGAAGGAAAGCGAGUGCCAGGUCUGGAGGGGAGUGAACUGAGACUCGUGGCGGAAGAGAGGAAGGCAAAGAGGGAGGGGAGAAGGAAAAGCGAGGGAGAGAGAGAGAGCACCUUCAUCCAAGUCCAGGAGGGAAGAGGCUGCACCUCCUGGUCCUUGUGCGUAAACUUUGAGCCAUGCGCGUCCUGUGAUUCAGCCCGGCUUGUCCUGAGGCGAGGAGGGGAAGAGCCCACGCCUCUCCAACAGCAGCCAGCAGUUACCCUUCCCUUGCUUCCAACUCAAGGAAGGAGAAACAGCGGCGAACUGGAGAAGAAGGAAGCCUCAGCCUUCCACUCCAGCAGCCCUUGAGUCUCGUCCGGAGAGGCAUCGCAUCUGAGCGCUGCGCCACGAGCCGGGAUUUCCUUUCCGAAAGAGAGAAGGAUAGAUUCAAGCAAUGAUGAAAACUAUGUCCAGUGGGAACUGCACCUUGAGUGUGCCGGCCAAGAACUCCUACCGGAUGGUUGUGCUGGGAGCCUCCAGGGUUGGCAAGAGUUCCAUUGUCUCACGGUUUCUCAAUGGUCGCUUUGAAGACCAGUACACACCCACAAUUGAAGAUUUCCAUCGCAAAGUCUACAACAUUCGCGGUGACAUGUACCAGCUGGACAUCUUGGAUACUUCUGGGAAUCACCCAUUCCCUGCCAUGAGAAGACUUUCUAUUCUCACAGGCGAUGUUUUCAUCCUAGUCUUCAGUCUGGAUAACAGAGAAUCCUUUGAUGAAGUCAAGAGACUGCAGCAACAGAUCCUUGAAGUCAAGUCAUGCCUAAAAAACAAGACUAAAGAAACAGGUGACCUGCCCAUGGUGAUCUGUGGUAAUAAGCAUGAUCAUGGUGAACUGUACCGCCAGGUGAGCUCUGAAGAAGCCGAGAAGCUCGUCUCCAGUGAUGAGAAUUGUGCUUACUUUGAAGUCUCCGCCAAGAAGAACACCAAUGUAAAUGAGAUGUUCUAUGUUCUUUUCAGUAUGGCCAAGUUGCCCCAUGAGAUGAGUCCUGCCCUUCACAGGAAGAUUUCUGUCCAGUAUGGUGACACCUUCCACCAAAAAUCCUUCAAACUGAACAGAGUCAAAGAGUCAGAUGCUUAUGGCAUGAUCUCUCCCUUUGCUCGGCGACCCAGUGUCAACAGUGACCUGAAAUAUAUCAAAUCCAAAGUCCUCAGAGAAGGGCAAACAAGGGAGAGAGAAAAAUGCACAAUCCAGUGAAAAGAACUCUAUUGAGAUGGAGUAUGCAGAGUAUGCGCAGUGCCUUAAAAAAGAAAAUGGCUGAUCCGAGAAGGUUGGCAAUGGAUCUGUGAGGGCCAAGCAAUGACCGAAAAUCACAGUCAUGAGAAUAAGGCUUGAAAACACUUUGUCAACGGUACCGCACCACUGUUGUAAGGAGGUGAUUUCAAAGGACAGUAUUGUAAAUACUUGAAGCUGUCUGGUAAGUAGUUACCACAUGCAGCACCUAUGACUUGUUCUUUUGUUAUUAAAAAAAGCACCCAGUUUCCUAUUUGUUUUUGUCUUCUUUGAAGAAACUGGGUGUAUAAACAAGGCUGAAGAUCAGCACCAUGUGAGAACAUUUGCUAAGGAUGACUGUCACCUGGAUAGUUUUGCUGAAUUUCCAUGAUACAGUGGAUAGUUUUCUUGUCAAGAUGAAAAACAGAGGAGCUUUUCUCCAAUUCUUCUUCAGAAAUGGCGCAACUUUCUAUCUUGGUAUAAAGAAUUGAGAGUGGCUUCCAAGGCCAUUUGUAUGUACAUAUCUGUAUGUAUAUUUCUGAUUGUCCUUCAGUGAAUUUGUCUGGUCUGAAGAAGGAAAAAUGCACCUUUUAACAUGGCAGUGGCAAUUCUUCAUAGCAUUGAUACAAAUAUCACUUGGCAUUCUGGCUUUAAUUUUGUUUUUGUUUUCCAAGCAAAAGCAGAUGGCAAACUAUCUGUUUUAAUUCAAAUGUGAGCUAAUCAGCAAGUAUGAUCUGGAAAUGCCAACUGUUUCCAAGUUACAUAAUAUGUAUGGUAACUUUAAUUUGUACUGUAAAACCUAGCACAUUUGACUGCUUCAUGUGAUUUUCUGUUCCUAAGAGGAAUAUCUAGAGGGGAAAUUUGACUCUUUCCACUCCAAAUCCCACCCAUCCUCACUCAGCAUAAUAAUGCUUCUAUUCAGUGCUCUGUCCCUCAAAACUAGGGCUUGGUAAUUUUAUUGGACUAACUUUUUAAAACUCUCAAAUGGGUAUAGACAGCAGCCUCCAGGAGUUCUGGAAUUAUAAUACAAAAAGGCUAUUCUCCUAAACCCUGCUGACAAGCACAGUGGCUUUGUAAUACCAAAUCUCAUGAUCUGCCUGGUGCCUUGCACAGCUUUCUCACAUCAUGGUUAUUUUCCUGGACUUACAUCUAUGUUACCCUAUGUUUGCAGGCUGUGAACUCAGCUAAAUAUUUUUAAAUUUAACCUGCACAAAAAUGAAUUUGGAACUGUAAUCCAGGGUGGGUUUAUUUCAUAAAGGGGGCACAAUUCAGUGAGUACAGAGCUGGGAAUAAGUUAGCAAGACUUCUUUUUGAUUAUGCAAGCAUAGAACUGGGCUGCGAGUACAAUUAACAUCAGUGGACAUUUAUCUUCAUAUUAAUGUACAUAGUACAGGUUGGGUAUCUUUUAUCUGAAAUGAUUGGGAACAGAAGAGUUUCAACUGUCAGAUAUUUAUGGAUUUUGGGAUAUCUGUGAAAUGGCAGAAAACCAUGCCUUCCUCCAUUUUACAGAUCCUCAGAUCUCUCUCCAGCCUCACAUCUCUUUCCAGUCUUGGGCUGUUUGUUUGCUACUUAUACUGUGUAUGAAAAGCUGGUCUGAAAAGGGACUGAGGAUCUGAGAGACUGAGAACAUAAGGGACCGUAAUUUGUGGGGAAGGUACAGGAGAUCUCUGGAGAGCCAGCCAGCCAUCCAUUUCCACCUUGUAAACAAAUGAGCAAGAGUGUUGCACUGAGCCCUUGAAUGUGAACUUAUUCAGCUGAUGACAAAAGUUUUGUAUUUUAGAACAUUACAGAGCUCAGGUUCAGGAUGCUCAACCAUAUAGAACUGAAUCCAAUCUAGAUUUGUCAAAUAUUCAAAUAGCAGUGAAAAGUCUGAUCCCAGGAUCUGAUUUAGCUAAUCAAAUAAAACAAACCUGCAAAACUCAGUUUAGAAAAGGGUUGUCUUCAAAGUCACAGCCACUGUUGAUGUGAGUGCCAGAGUGCAAUGCACAAGUUUAGUUUGAUUUGAAGAAUGUCAGAAUUUUUUUUUAAUCAUAAUACAAAUGGUUUUACUCUAGGUUCAUUAAUCUUUUCAUGCCAUAGCCUGCCUUGGCCCAGUUCUGUGUUUUGUGCCUGUUGCUCUUGAUAGGGAGCCACCACAAUGAAAAUGGGAUAAAAAUGGGAUGCUCCAGCCUCAUCGAUACAUAAUACUCCCAUCCAAAGGUCCUUCGCCUCUUCCAGUCUCCUUUUUCCACUCCUUCUUUUGUUCCUUAGUGUGCUGGGACAACAGUGUGCACUGAUAAUAGUAAUUUUUAAGGGAAAAAUUACCUCAAACAUGAAUGUGCAUUGGAGUGUGUUUGUGUGCAAGUGUGUGCGUGUGUGUGUAAAUAUAUAUACGGGUGCAAUGUAUGUUUGUUGCAGGGAGAAGACCUCAGUAAUGUUAACAUACUGUAUGCACAGUGUGGAUUAUAGAUAUUCUAGAUAUUCUGUACCAGCCGUUGAUGAUAUGACACCUCUGUGUUCUAUUAUACCUCAUGUUCUGUAGAUACGUAAAUGGUACUGUGUGCUCUACAAGCUGUACUGAGGCUGAAUGAAUGUUCACUCUGAUAUCUGACUGGUAACAAUGUUUGAAGCAUAUAUGCAGAGGUCAUUAACAAAUAAAAUUACAAUCCUCCUAUUCCCCAACCACUUGCCCUUCUUUGCCUUGCAAUGUAAAAAACAGUAUUGUCUAAUUUCUUCUAGUGCCAUGACAACUAUCUAUAUUAUUUUCAAGUGACUCAGAAAAACUUGUUCAAUAAAAAUAUAUAAAUAUAAUUUUUUCCAAAUAAAUCUGUGUUAUUUGUUAA